CGGCCGCCAUACUGUGGGCUUGGCGCCGCGGCCGAGGGUACGCUGUGCGGCAUCGCGAGCCCCGCCGCCGGGAGCUGUGCGGAGCCUCGGGCGACUCGGGAAGCCGCGCCAUGCCAGCUCUUUACGUGGACUUUCAGAGGGCAACACCAGUGGAUCUAAGUCAUGGACCUGGUGAGCUUUGAGGACGUGGCUGUGCACUUCACCCAGGAAGAGUGGGCUUUGCUGGAUCCUUCCCAGAAGAGUCUGUACAGAGAUGUGAUGCUGGAGACCUGCAGGAACCUCGCUGCCGUGGGCUAUAUAUGGGAAGAACAGAAUAUUGAAGAUGGCAAAAAUUUUGGAAGAUAUGAAAGACACAUCAUAUCUCACUCUGAAUACACUCCAUAUGAGCAUGAGGACUAUGCAAGCAAGCCCUACGAUUCCAGUUCUCUCACAAAUAUUCAUACGUAUGUGGGUGCUCACGCUGUGAAUGGACCUUGUGAAUGUGAGGUAUGUUUAAAAUCCCUUGGUUUUACAAGUACAUUUGGAAUUUAUCACCAAACUCAGAGUGGAGAAAACUUCUGUGACUACAAGGAAUGUGGAAAGCCUUCAGUUUAUCCUAGCUCACUUUACACACACGGAGGAACUCACGUUGUAAGGAAAUGCUAUGAGUGUAACCAGUGUGGGAAAGCUCUGAGUUCUUCCAGUUCCCUUCAAAGGCAUGAGAGAAUUCACACAGGAGAAAGACCCCAUAAAUGUAACCAGUGUGGGAAAGCUCUGAGUUCCUCCACUUCACUUCAGAGGCAUGAGAGAAUUCACACAGGAGAAAGACCCUAUAAAUGUAACCAGUGUGCGAAAGCCUUUAGAUGUCACAGUGCCCUUCAGUUACAUGAAAGAAUCCAUACUGGUCAGAAGCCGUAUGAGUGCCAGCAGUGUGGGAAAGCCUUUACAUGUCACAGUUACCUUCGAUUACAUGAAAGGACUCAUACUGGAGAGAAACCCUAUGAGUGUAAGCAGUGUGGUAAAGCCUUCAGAUGUCAAACUUCCUAUCAUAGACAUAAAAUUAUUCAUGGUGGAGAAACAGUCUAUGAAUGUAAACAAUGUAGUAGGCUCUUCAUUUACCCGUCUUUACUUCAGAUGCACGAAAGAACUCACACUAGUGAGAGACCAUAUAAAUGUAAAGACUGUGGCAAGUCAUUCCUCUACCCCUCUUUACUUCAAAUGCAUGAAAGAACCCACACUGGUGAAAAGCCCUAUGAAUGUAAACAAUGUGGUACAGCCUUUAGACAUCACUCUUCCCUUCGACUGCACGAAAGAACUCACACGGGAGAAAAGCCCUAUGAGUGUCCACAGUGUGGGAAAGCCUUUACUCGUCACACUUCCCUUCGAUUACAUGAAAUAACUCACACCGGAGAGAAACCUUAUAAAUGUAAAGAAUGCGGAAAAGCCUUUAGACAUCACUCUUCCCUUCGGUUGCACGGAAGAAUUCAUAGUGGAGAGAAACCCUAUGAAUGUAAACAAUGUGAUAAAGCCUUUAUACGGUACAGUUACCUUCGAUUACAUGAAAGAACACACACAGGAGAAAAACCUUAUGAAUGCAAGCAAUGUGGGAAAGCCUUCAGCCGUCACAGUUCCUUUCAGAGACAUAAAUCUAUUCACGCUGUGGAAAACCCCUAUGAAUGUCAGCCGUAUCUAAUUCCUUUAUCGCUGUUUCCUCCAAAUACAUCAGAUAACUCAUACUGGUGAAAAACACUAUGAUGUGAACAGUGUGUUAAAAUGUUUAUCCUUAUCCACUUAAAACACAUGUAAGAACUGAAGAUGUCACAUGAUAAACCUUAUCCAUAAACGAUAUGGUUUAGACUUUAAAUGUACUAAGGAAUUUAUUGUAGGUAUAGUUUCUACAAAUGUGCAGUAUGUGGUAAGUCCUUUCACAGAAACAAACUAAUUCAUGCGGGGAAAAUGCCUUAUGAAUGGAAACGAUAUGGUUAGUCUUUUAUCCCUGUUUGCUUCAGACACAUGAAAGAACUGAAAAUGCAAAAUGCCGUGAGUGUUGGCAGCAUGCUGGAGCCUUCAGAAGAUGCAGGUCCCUUUGUUAACAUGAAAGACUCUUACUGGAGGGAAAGAAACCGCAUGAUGUUUAGAUGUCAUUGCUCCUGUAGAUUCUGUGAAUGGACUACUGGAAACAGUUCUGUGAGCGAGAGCGCAGCUGACACCUUCAAGCUCACAGUUCCUUUCAAAGGUGUAUAAUGAUUGAUGGUGGGACAAGGCCUUAUACAUGUAAAAAGUAUGGUAAGUUUUUGGUUGCUUGGAGAGGGACAGGCAUUUUUUGUUGGUAGUAUAGCUACCUGUAAGUUGCCUGUGUUCAAUAAGCCCAAUUAGAUUCAGUGGUUCCCCAGGCUGCACUUAGAUGGAAUCAUUGCUUUGUUUCUAUCCUCAGUGCUCUUGCUUGUUCAACAUGUGUCCAGAAAAUGUUCACACAAUACUUGGCACACAAAUGUGGAGCUCAAUGGAACCAAAGAUGAGUUUGAGAGGAGCACUUGCCUUUCUCUGCUGUGGGUGAUGAGACAUGGCCUUGAACAG